CUCCCCUUCGGCCUCCUAUAUAGUAUAUUUAGAGAAGAGUUACUAAUAUUAAAAAAGACGUUUAAAGACCUCCUUAAUAAAGGAUAUAUUUGCAUAAGUAAUUUAAAGGCUGGAGCUCUAAUACUAUUUAUAUACAAGUUAGGAGGCGGGCUUUAUUUCUAUUAUAAUUAUAGAACGUUAAACGCUAUUAUCCGUAUAGACUGCUACUUUCUCCUUUUAAUCCACAAAACUUUUAAAGUUUUAAAAGGAGCGAGAUAG